AUGUCACCGACCUUAGCUGGCAGGAGCCUUGGUGAGCUCAUAGCUCUGCGCCGGUAUUUGUUCGAUGAACUCGUCCGUAGAUUCCACUUACGAACGCUGCCUGACACUCACCAUAUCCUUGAUGAUGCCCUUACGGCAUGUAUUAUCACAAGUAUUGCUCCAAGCGAGCAGUCAGUUGAAUCCAGUCUGCAAUACUGGCUCGUUUUUCUCAAGUUUAUCACUCAAAAGAUGAAUCUACACAUUGAUGCUCCGGGACUUAGCGAUGAAGACCGGGAGGAACGACACAGAUUAUGGUGGGCUGUCUAUAUCAUCGACCGCCAUUCGGCUUUGUCAUUCAACAACCGUCCCUGUAUUCCGGAUAAAGAAUGCCAUCAACUUCCGACUCCUUGCUCGGACUUGCUAUGGAACAACAUGGGCCCUUUAUUCGAGGGGUUGGAUGCAAGUGAAUGCAUAAGGCCACCUUUAGGAUAUGAUGUGCAAAGCUUGGAUAUAUUUGGAGUUUUCUUACCUCUCUCGAAGAUAUUAGGUGAAAUACUUGAGUAUCAUUCUCUGCUUGAGAAUUCGCCGCUCAAUGCAGACAAAAAUCUUCUACAUGCCAUCCGGGAAACAAUUGAAAUCCACCUUGGCCAUUGGUAUCGAUCUUUUAAACAAUCAGUUGGCUUGGAAUUCUGCGAUAUUGCGCAGCCAGAGCCCAGCUCUGCCGCACCCACAAAGCAGUAUCCCAAGGUAGCAUAUUACGGGCUGCACAUGUACCAUUGUAUGUUCAUUCUGUUAUAUGGUUUGAUGGACGUUGUCCGCAUGUACGAGGAUCUCGAAUGGCAAGCAUCCUCCGAUUUUAUCAUUGUCGGUGAACAUGCCAUGGCCUGCGCCAGCGUCGCAAAACACAUACUUCUCGUUGACCCUCAGCUGCUUUUCAUGUAUCGAUACUUCGGCACCUACCUGCUCCAGUCUUCCUUCAUUUUUCUUAUCCUUGCUCAAAAGCUGGGCCAUAGAUCGGACACUCUCAUUCUGGGCAACUGCUCCAUCAAUUUGCAGGUUCUCGAUACCUUUGUAAAGACUACGAACAUGGAUUACCAGCGUACCUUUGCAAAGCUUUUACGCAAGGUGCUUUCCAGCCAGCUCAACACGCCCGACGACACCUCUGCAAGUCCCAAGCCUUCAACCGGUGACACAGCGGGAGAGUCUGCCACAUUGGACCCGGAGAUGCUCCGAUAUAGGUGGACAGCAGGGCACAGAGGUCUCUGGGCCAAUUCUGUGCCAGGUGACCUAAGCUGA